AUGGAAGAAGCACUCAGGAGGCUUAACGGGUUGGCCCCGAUUCCCGAACCCGACCCACAUGACUCUAUCUCCGAGCCCUCGAAGAAGUGCCCAACCACCACCACCGCCAAGAGGACGGUCAGAGAAAACGGCGGCACAAUGAGGUACCGCGGCGUUCGGCGCAGGCCCUGGGGCCGUUACGCGGCGGAGAUAAGAGACCCUCAGUCCAAGGAGCGACGGUGGCUCGGCACUUUCGACACAGCGGAGGAAGCUGCAUGCGCCUAUGACUGCGCCGCCCGAGCCAUGCGUGGCCUCAAAGCGCGCACCAAUUUCGUUUACCCGACUUCACCGCCUCCCUCUGCAACCACCGAACAUCUUUUCCCUCAUUUUGCCUUCCCCAAACAAUCGCACAAUCAAAUGACCAAAAACCUGAACCCUCAUAACCGCCCUUUAGGGUGGCCUACUUCUAGCUCUAACUCUCACGUCACUGAUUUUUCUUCUCCUGCUAAUUCUUCUCUGAACAUGUUUCUGUUUCGUGACUACCUUAACUCUGCUUCUAAUCCAUCUUUGGUUACUUCUGCUCAGCAACUUUACAACCCCGUGAACAAGAUCACAUGUUCAUGUUCUGGUUCCUCGUCUUCCACAUCUUUACCUUCUAGUUCUGUUCCAGGCUGCUGUGUCGUGAAUUCUGCUGGCGGGGAUAUGGAGGAUGCCAAAAUUACUGAAGCUGAUGAAGAAUCUGAAUUCUUUCCCAGAGAGCAUUCAGACUCUGGAUUGUUGGAAGAGAUAGUGCAUAAGUUCUUACCAAAAUCAAAGCCCAACCAGCAGUCGGAGGUUCGCGUUAAAGAGGAGACUCUGUCUCUGUCGACGGCACAGUUGCUUCCUCCUCAGCCAGUGUAUGAUCAUGGCAUGUUCACUUCCGCUACUUCUCUGUGCUAUGAAAGUCUUGGCAAUAAGGAGGUGACCAGGGCUGAGAAUUAUGAUGUUACUUCCGACCACCGAGGUUUCCCCAUGCAGCAGUUUGACAGUUUUCAGAAUGGUUACAGCACUGGACAAGGCUUGCCUCGUAGAAGCGACCUUCACUUGAUGAACGGUGCAGGGUACUCCAUCAUGGAAGAUAUUUUCCAGUAUCCAGAGCUUCUCAAUGAAUUUGUAGCUAGGAUACAAAACGCUUAA